AUGUCUUUCCUUCAUAAUCAUUCUUGCGAGUGCGUUAAGUCAGAAUUGGAUUUGUUUGCACUACCGUCUACACAAACUAGCAUUGAAAAUGGAUUGUGGAUUCAUUAUAAACCAAUUUCAUCUCUUGGUGAUGAUGGACCUAUCGAGUUUCAAGUUCCUGGGACCGGCGAUGACUACAUAGAUUUGUCUCAUACAUUACUCCACAUAAAGGCAAAAGUAUUAAAUCAAGAUUCAACUAACUUGGUAUCUACUACAAUAGUAGCACCUGUAAAUAAUUGGCUGCAUUCACUUUUUAGUCAACUUGAUGUUUAUUUAAACCAAAAACUUGUAUCACCACCUAAUAAUACCUAUGCAUAUCGAGCAUACAUGGAAACCCUUUUAAACUAUGCCCCUGCUGCUAAACAAUCUCAUCUUACUUGUAGUCUUUGGUAUGAGGAUACAGCAGGAAAAAUGGAUUCUACAGAUGGUAAAAACAUAGGAUUUGUUAAAAGACAGGAAUUGAUUAGUGAAAGUAAGGAAAUAGAAAUGAUUGGUCAUCUUCACGGUGACAUUUUUAACCAAGAUAAAUUUUUAAUUAAUGGUGUUGAAAUGAGUGUUAAAUUGGUUCGAUCAAGAGAGAGUUUUAAUUUAAUUGUUGGAUCAAACGAUGUAAAGUUUAAAGUUUGUAUUACGGACGCAACUCUUAUUGUUCGACGAGCACGAAUUAAUCCAAGUGUAUUACUCGCACAUCAAAAAGUUUUAGCUUCUACCACUGCUAAAUAUCCUAUUACUCGAGCUGAAGUAAAAGUUUUAACAAUUCCUUCGGGUGUUCAAGGAAAAACUCUUGAUAAUAUAUUUUUAGGACAGGUACCGUAA